UCAACAUAGUAACCCGGGAAAGACAACCGCAGAGGCGGGUAGCGACAUUUCUUUCUAGGAAUCUCACAGCUGAUCUGGAUAUUUUGUUGCACGGUAAAACACUGAGACAACAACAAUGGGUGCAUGUCACUAGAAAAAGUUGCUAGCUUAGUUGGCACAACUGCUAGCUAACAUUGGUUUGCUAACGUUAGCUGGCUAACGCUAACGUUAGCAAACAGACAGCUGAACGAAACUGAAGAAGAAGUCCGGAGAAGUUAGCAUUUUCUUAUCAUGAGGACGUCAGCAUGAAUGUGGACAUCUAGACACGUCGGAUCGUUUCCCUAAAGGUGAAUGAGAGAUGAGGAGCAGCAAGAGGACUGAGGUGUCUCUUAAAAGCUCUGCUCAGCUGCCUACCGAUCACAAUAUUGGCACAGAGCUGACAACUGCAUGGAAAAGUUUGUCUCAGUCCAAAGCUGCUCUGCGGCAUAUAGAAAACCGCCUCGAGGCAGCUCCAGGGACAGGGGUUCUCCUGGACUCUGUCAUGGACUCCCCGAAGAAGAAAUCUUCCAGGACGGUCCGCUGCAGGGAUGGACAACAAGCUGAUGACAAUGCAGGGUCUUCAAAGCGCAGGGGGCGAAGUCAGCAGAGUCCAGACAAGAGCAGCUCACGCAGCCCCCUGAGAAAUGCCACCCAGGACAGCAAUGUCCGCAGGAACAACAGUGUGGAGUUCAGGGAGCCGCUGGCCUCCUACAGAGAGUUCACCCCUCCACCACAUCCCUCCUCUCAGCUGGAGGCCUACAGCCUGCAGUCAGUGCCAGGGUCUUCGCACCCAUCCACACCGCCUCCCUCAAAUCCUCUGCUCAGCCAGCUGGUCUACCAGAGAGACACCAGGGACACACAGACGGACAGGGACCUGGACAGCACACACUCCUCGGCUCUGGAGAGCACAGAGGUCCGCUACCUCAAUGACCAGCCAGCCCUAGCCACCCUGAGGACUAUUGGAAACCAGUCACACACAGGUGUCAGAGUCCCUGCAUGGGAGGGGGCUGAGGAGGAAAGCACUCCAAAAGCACAACUUGGCAUGGAUGGCCAAGAGUCAAGCCCGUGUCUAGCUUCAGCCCCAGGCUUUGUACGCCGAGGGGAGAGCACUCCCUCCACAAGCCCUGGCUCAGCUUCCCAGCGGCUGGAGAACUUAAGGCGGCAUCAGCCUGAUGAUAAACUGGAGAAGCUCAAAGAGCGUAUUCGAAGGCAGAGACAACACCUGGAGGAGGCUGCCGAGAGAGAGAAGCUGCUGGGUUCUCUGGAACAGCCCGUUAUAGCAGCGGUGGGGAGUAACAAUGCUGGUACUUUCAACAUGCCCACAGCCAAAAUACGGAAAGUAGCAGCUGCACCGCCGGCACCGAUAUACAAAGGUUUCAACAGUACCGAGACAAAGAUCCGGACUCCCGAUGGGAAAGUUUGGAAGGAGGAGGAGUUUCAUAACCUCAGCAGAGAAAUAUACAAAGACCUGUCGCGACAGUUUGCUGAGAGCACCAGAUCCAGACAUCAGCAGCAGAGGGAACAGAGAGCCGACAGGUCCAAAGAGAGGAGGCCUCCCAAACCAGUCAGGAAGGUCCACAGAGCUGCCCCUUCCUCUGAACUAAAUGCAAAACCAGCAGUGAUAAGCCCUGCAUCAUGGCGCGAGGGCCAAAAGCUGGUAAAGAUGGUGCUGGGUCCAGUUCCCAGGCUGCCCAGGGAGGAGAGCAGGCCCCAGCCAGCUGACGGACUGAGCAGAGCAGCUUCUCGUCACCGUUCCAGCUCAGACCCGCGCUCAGAAUCAAACCCCCGGCCUCGCCCGAACAGCACAGAGAGGCCUCGUAGUGGAUUUAAAUCCAAAAGCUACUCCUUAACCACAUCUACCCCCUCAUCUGCAGACCGGGGCAAGGCCCCAGCGGGUGCUGGUCCAGACCUCUUGUCAGCAGACAUCCAGGGGAUACUUGAUGACCUUCAGCUGGAGUGCAAAGCAGCUGAGCGCGAGGAGAGGGCCCGGCAAAGGUCCCGGGGUGGGAGCAGUGGUCGGAGAGGGAGAGGGGGAUCAGGGUCACGAACAAGGACUCCGGUCUCUGUUUGGGGAGCGACGGGGGCAACAGGUAGCUCCUCAAGAGGCUGCCGCAGCGCCAGCCCCACCGCACACCGGCCAGAGACUGCUGACUCGGGGCACAAAAAGCGACACUAUGAUGCAGACACUGUUCGGCAGUACAUAUCCAGACAACAAGAGGAGAGAAAGAGGCGUCAAGCGGAAGAGAAGAGGGCACUGAGGGAGGAGGCAGAAAGGAGAAACCAAAGAUUGCAGGAGCUCUACAGGAAGCAAAGAGAAGCGGCUAAAACAGCGGCCCUUCCCUGCGAGGCCCCUGUGGCCCCUGUACAAAAGCGACUACAGGAGACCUACGACAAAUUGCUGCUAGAGGAGGCUCAGCUGGACGAGGAGGCCUCGCAGACGCAACCUGCUGCUCCUUCUAGUCAAAUGAGACCGAUGUACCAGCCCUCAGGAGAGUCUGACAAAGAGAACAAAAGACUCGAGGCACCACACAGCCCCUCCAGCAGUGAUAGGUCUUUGAAUGAUCAGCCACCUCCUCCAUUAUCCAGGAAUGAUCUGGACAUUGGACUUGCUUCUUUGCUUCAGCCUGACCGUCUGAGCCCAGCUGUUCGACCUAAGACUAGCCCCAGCAGCAGUGCGCUGGCACCUUUUGGUGACCAUCUCCUGUCUCAGCUUCUCAGGCUGGAGAAUGCGGUGGCAGCUAGUGACAUUAAUCACACCCAGCGGCCAGCCACAGCACCUUCCAACAGGUCGCGGCCCAAGUUGUCCCGCAUUGAGGCCCUCAAGGCCACAGCUGCAUCUCUCUCUAACCGUAUAGAGAGCGAGGCACGGAAGAUUGCUGGGGAGGGGAUCAACUAUGGUGCAGAAACUUCAAUGGACAUGGAUACGAUUAGGCCCUCCGAAGGUAAUCUUGAUGCUGGAGGCUGGGCAGAGACCUCUGCAGUAGAAAAUGAUGAUGUUGCGUUGAGGAUCCAGAAGAUUUUGACAAACACAGGUCAUAGUUCAUACAAUGGCACAUCUCUUCCAGGAGCAGGCAAUCUGCACACCUUCAGGGUUCAGAAAGAAAAGAAGAGCCCAAAAACAACUGCAGAUGUAACCGGGCCCAUCCUCAACAGUUAUACACAUGAGAGGAGGAGGCUCGUCAAUGGCUUGGAAAAGGUAGAGAGAAUGGAUAAAUGGGAACAAAGGAGAGGAUACGGAUUGAUAGAGGACAAGGAUAAGAAUCAGACAGAUCUCCAUGACUCAAGUGCCGGUUCCAUCAGUGAGGGUCCUCUUCUGAGUGAAGGGAGCUUUUCUGAGGAUGAGAUAAGCCCUCCUCACCCCUCCAACAGUCGUGUACCUAGACCGGCAGAUCGCCUGGAGGCAGUGGACUACUGCGUGGGUCAAAGAAGGGAUUACCAGAGGUUGUCAGAGUUCCAGAGGGACGCAGCGAGGUGCUCGGCCCUCAGCUCACCCUUUGCCCAGCAAGACGCCACCAAAGCAGCCUGGGAGGAGCUGAACAAAGGAAGCCCUCUAAGCGUAAUCAACAUUUACACAAAGAAUCUUCAUGGCCACGUUACAGGGAGUGAAAGAAACUCUCCCUCUGCCCAUGCUUUGCACUUUGGAAACGGCCCCGUAGACGCAGCCGUCUAUGAAGAUGACUUUGUGUCCACACACAGCAGCGGAGCCAGUGGUCAGCUAAAGAGAGGCUCCAAUUCCCGCAGCGUGAACAGUCAUUUUGAGGAGCUGAUGAGGAGGUCUCCUUAUGACAAAAGUACAGGAGGCAUCAAUUCCCACCCUUCACCCUUUCACUCAUCUAAUCACUCACCGCAUCUUUCCUCUGGUUCAACUUCUGGCUCCUCACCCUUCUCCAAGCACUCCGCCAGAAGAAGAGGCACAGCAUCAGACCAGAGCGAUGCCACUCUGGUAGAAGGGCAGAGGAGCUCCUGCUCACCUCCCUCAGAGGCAUUAUCCUCUGACUCCAGGAGGAGGGGCUCGGACAAAAGCUCUCCCAACAGCCAGGCCAGAGGUGUCCUCACUAAUGACACUGUAGGGGAAACGUCAGGGCUUUCUCACCAAAGUUUGGGACUUGACAGUAAUAAGUCUUCAGCAGCCAGGCCCAGACAGGCUUCUCCGUCUGGAUCUCCGUACCCUGGUUCUCCUCUCGGAGCGAACUCUCCGGGUGAGCCUGUGAGAAGUGGCGCUCUGGGGGCAAUCAACCCAAACACCUCAGCUCGCAGUGGAAGAGCAGAAACCAAGACCGCAGGUGAACUACAAUACUCCCCUGCUGUCAUGCAGCAGCGUAUGGCAGCAGAGCUCCAGUACUUGGAGUCCAUUGAGGAGUCCGUCCGACAGCUUGGCGACGUGGAGAGGGUGAUGGGUGUGUCCAUGGCUCAGCAGGAGAGCGUGUCAUUGGCCCAGAUGCUCAAGGCCAGGCAGCAGUCCCAUGCGCGUGACCUCUACGAGCUGAAGAUCAAGGCGGAAAGGGAAGCCCUGGAGACACAGCUACAGCUGGAGGAAAACAGGCAGCGAGUGGCCAGGGCUCACAUAGAACUGCAGGAAAACUUGGCGGUAAAUCAAAAAGAGACUUUGGAGGGCCUCCAGGAGGCAACGACGAAGAUGAUGAGUCAACAGGCUGAGGCAGCACGGUACACGGCCGACACUGCCCGACACAUCAAAGAGAUGGCAGAAUUGGCGCGGUCGCAGAUAGCAGGAGCGUUGGUUGUCCCCCCUGAUGUUUCUGAUUCCUCCAUGUUGGACGAGCGGGAGGAUAAGCAGAGCUCCUAUUCAAAGCAGCGACAGGACAAAAAUGACUCUGACAGCUUCCCCAGUGAGGUGUCGAGCAGAAGGACGAGGCCAGAGGAAACACUAUCUUCACUGAACAGCCUCAGUCACUCUGAUUCUCUGUCCUUCAGAAGACCCCACCUCAGUGGAGCAGACUCGAGCAGCCACCACAGCCAGUCGCAUGCCUCGUCAGAGCACAGAGAACGGACGAAAAAAGAAGCAGUGGAGGGGAAAUGGAGGAAGAGCGGAGCUGAAGAGAGGACGGGGAGGGAAGCAGACAGCAGCUCUAUAGAGGAGGAAGUUCUGACCGCAGCAAAUGACUCCCUCUGCAGUGACAGCAUCCCCUCUGUAGUGGAUGAGAAAGGAUACAGUACAUCAGUGGCAACAGAGUACUCUCUGAAGUUUGAUGAGUCCAUGACAGAGGAUGAGAUAGAGGAGCGCUCUUUCCGCUCUCUGCUGCCGUCUGAGGCUCACCGGCGUGGAACUAUGGAGAAGAAGACUCGUCAUCAUGAGGAAUCGGAGGAUGAUGGAGCCAAUCACAACAUGUCAUUAGUUUCAGGGGCACAAAGUAUCUUAAAGUCUCAUGAUGCAAACAUGGCCUUCGCUGGCGGACAGGACAGCUUUUCUCAGUUCACUAUGGACAUGGUGCGUCAGUACAUGAAGGACGAGGAGGUAAGACUGCAGCACCAGAGCUCUCUGCUGCAUCUUCGCCAGAAAGCAGUGAAAGAGAAGACUAAAGCUGAGCUGGCCUGGCUAGAGCACCAGAAAAAGAGGCUGAGGGACAAGGGAGAGGAUGACAAAAUGCCACCCAUCAGGAAGAAGCAGAGGGGCCUUCUGAUGAAACUACAGCAAGAGCAGGCUGAGAUCAAGCGACUUCAGGAGGCCAACAAAGCAGCCAGGAAGGAAAGGCAGCUGUUGCUGAAGCAGCAGGAGGAGAUCGAGCGGAUGAGAAACUCUACACUCAGACUGAAGGAGCGUCUCAAGUGUGCUGGGGGUGAAGCGCCACCUGAGACGCCUGCGUCAGAGACCCCCGUGUCCGACGCAGCCUCCCCCAACAUGAGACAUGCUGAAGAUGUCCGCAGCCCCUCUCCCUCGAUCUCCAUCUCUGGAAGUGAGACCAGCAGCAUCAUGCAGAAGCUGAAGAAGAUGCGCUCUCACAUGGAUGAGAAACACUGUUCUCCUGUCCACUGCUUCUUCUCUGUGUUCACGGCCCACCACUGGGCCUCUCUCAGUGUCUGUCUUCCCAACCUCCACCCUAAAUUCCAGCUCUUUAUCUACAACCAGUUGGUCAGGUUCCUGACGAAGCGGGAGCAGCAGCUGAUGCAGAGGCGUCAUCAUGCCGAGGAGCUGCUGCAGUGGAAACAGCGGCUGGACCGGGAGGAGGCAGAGGUCCGCAGGAUGGAAAAGGAGGCUCUGGCUGUAUGGGACAGUCAAACAUCUCGGGGCGUCGCAGAGAGUCGGGAAAAAGAGAUUUCCGACAUCAGCCCGAGCGCCAGUCACCGUCAAAGCUCAGAGCCCAGAACUGACAGCGAGAAAGAGUAUGUGAGUGAGGGCGACUGUUCCUCAGCGACACCCGAGUCCAGUAUACACACAGAGGAACCGGGGAACCGGCAGCCAGGAAGCCCAUCUUCAGUUCUACCUGCAUCGAUCCCUGAAACACCUUUGUUGGCGUCCGUGCAGAGCAGCCCGGAGAAUUACACCCACGACUUCACGUCAGCUUCAGCGAGCAGACAAUCUCCACUCAAAGGCAGCCACAGCCCCGCUGCCUCUCCUUCAGAUGGCAGCAGCAGAACCAAGAUGCAGCUCCGCGCCUCCUCCCGGACCACCAACCAGGACCGCACUCAGCCAACUGAAACCUCCGUGCCCAAGCAGCCUGAACUCAUUUCAGACCAGAGUGACAUAGAGAGCCGAAUCAAGGCGCUGAAGGAAGAACUCCAAAAACGGAAGUUUAUGGCCUACCAGCUGAAGAAGGAGCAGAAGAAGAGACACAAGGAGCACCUGAAGGCCCAGGAGGCCAGCCUACUGAAGCAGCUGGAGAGCUAUAACAACUUCAUCGAGAAAACUAAGGCAGAGCUGAAAAAGAAGCCAGACUCGACACCUGACACCAAUUCCCAGAUCAAAGAUUCCACCUCAAUCGCAGAGCAGUCCAGUGUUACACCACAUACUCACAGGUCUGACACCAGCAACAUCUCCGACUCUGAAAGGACGAGAGUUGAUGCGUCGUUAGAUCACAAUGCCCUUCAUCGACCUGAUCUCAGUAGAUCCACCUCCGUGCCUGAAGAAUUGUCUGAUGAAGACCCACCAACAGUCACUGCAACCCCGGUACAUGGAAGCCCAGAGUGUCCGCCCUCAGAACACACGCUUUUAAGAGCUUCCUCUAAGGACGCACAUCUGUUUGAGGACGAUUACAUUAUGUCGUAUCAAAGAUCUCACAUCCGCGGUGAGCUGGAAGUGAGCGAGACACUUGAGGAUCAACAAUCUGAACGUCUUCUCGGACUAGAACAAGAAGACAAACUUGACUCCAGAGAGAAGUUGUCUACAUCUAAACACGUUCCCUCUUCCGUGAGUGAAGAACAUCGAAACUCUCCAUCUGUGAACGUCACACAAGAUGAACAAAUAAAGACGACGUCUGAAGAAGCUGCAAAAUCUAAUAUUAUCUCCUCUAGUGAGUCGCAUUCAGCUGCCAUGGACCUCAGAACGUCACCGAGCUGUAGAUCUGCAUCCAGUGACCCCUCCGACUCUCUUGACUCGGUUGCCUUCUCUUCAAAAAGGGAAGCCCCCCCAAAGGAUGCCGAGGCCUGUUCUCCCAUAGCAGAUGGUUAUCAUGAUGACUUUGAGUCUUCAGUGGAUUCUUCACCCGAGGAUGGUCGUCAUGCUUCCAAGCCUGCUUCUCAAAUCUCAGUUGCCACCACCGAGAUCAAGGGCUCCCCGAGCAGAGCCGCCCCGUACGACAGCCAGGACGAGGAGGUGGAGGAGGAAAUAGAUGAAGAACUGAGUCACCGGUCAGGAAGUAGUGGAGCUAGCCACCAAUCUGGGAGGAUGCUGGAUUUCCAUAAACAUGACAACAAGGAUAUUGUUAACUCCAGCCACUCGCCACCCGUCUCUCCUUUGCAGACCCCUCUCUCUCCUGUUAUCGACGAAAUGCUCAGUUUUAACAUCGGAGAUCGGGUUCUCGUGGGCGGCGUUCAGCCCGGCACUCUGAGAUUCAAAGGUCCAACCAGCUUCGCUAACGGCUUCUGGGCCGGCGUGGAGUUGGAUAAGUCCGAGGGGAGCAACAACGGCACUUACGACGGGGUGGUGUACUUUGAAUGCGACGAGAGCCACGGUAUCUUUGCUCCUCCAGACAAGAUCUCACACCUGCCAGACAAGUUCGAGGUCUACACAGACACCACGGAGGACGAGGACUCCUUCUGCGACGGCCUGUCGGAUAAACGUCAAACAGAAGAGCGCAAAUCCCCAAAGGAAGAAAAUGGAAAUGAACAAACAUCUAAUGUGGUCUAUAAGUCUGGAGACAAGAAGCAAACGGGCGAGUCUGUCCACGAGACUGGAUCCAACAAUAACUCACAGAAUUACAAAGAAUCCAAACAUCACAUUUCUAACGGCAACACUGGGGACAUAAUGUUGGAUUUUGAAGAUGCACCAACCACCCUCCUCAUCUCUGACAUGGACAACAUCGGCCUGGGGAAGCAGAGGAGAGAAGAGGGAGACUCGCAACAGUUGGUUCCUGCAGAUCUUUCCGCAGAUAUCGGGGAACAGCAGGACAGAGACUCGCUGGACACAUUUGCAGACAAGCUCCUCAACAACUUUAUGAAGGACACUUUGAUGCAGUUUUCUGAAAUUAAAAAGGCUAAAGAGCAGAAGAUCGACGCUGCCAACCAGAUGAAUGGAGAGCUGUUUGGUGAAGAUGUUGAAGAAGAAGAAGAAGAAGAAUGGUUCUCUUCAGUGCAGCAAAAAGACGGUCUCCCCUUCUUCCUGCCAGAGAAACGGGAGCUGUCUUCUCCAGAGCUGUGCAACCGACCGGAGAGUCCAGUGCUGGGGGCCAGCGGGCAGGAGGAGCUCGCCAAGCGACUAGCAGAGCUGGAACUGAGCCGUGAACUGCUGGAGGAGCUGGGUGACGAUCAGGACUGGUUCGAUGAGGACUUUGGCCUCAGCUCUCGCAGAGAACAGCAGAGACUCAAACAGAGAGAGAGAGAGGAAGAGGAGGAGAGGCUGGGGAGGUCCGGCUCAUCAGCUGCAGCAUCCCUGGGGGGGCUGGUCUCAGGUGGGGAACAGCAGGUUAGGAUUCCACCUCGACCCGAGCUGCCUCUCCCCCUGCCCCCAAAACUCCCGGAGCAGCCUGCCAUGGUGGUGCCCCAUUCAGCCACAGAGGUGGAGAAGAUGGUCCAUGCUGCAACUCAGGAGCUGUGGGAGAGCUGUGGCCUGGGGAGGGACGGAGCACGGACUCUUGCACAACUGCCAAACCCUGAACCCUCACAAGAGUAUCUGGGUAAAGAGGCCAGCAGCCAGGACCAGGAGGCUCUCUGCAUCCGCAGCUACAGAAAGGCUGUGUACGACCUGACGUGGGAGAUGCUUCAGGAGAUCUAUGCCGAGGAUCCAAACACCGAUCAGCCUCAGUGGGUCAAAUCACGUCGAGCCAAAUCCUCCUUCUACCACAGAGUGAAGACGCCUGGAGACCUCUCCAGAAUCCAGGAAUUCAUCUCUGCAGAAGUCCUGAAAAUGUACGGACUGACAAAAGAUCACAGCCAGAAGACGGACUGGCAGAAGAUGCUCAAAUUUGGCAAAAAGAAGCGAGACAGAGUCGAUCACAUCCUGGUUCAGGAACUCCACGAGGAGGAAGCCCAGUGGGUCAACUACGACGAGGACGAGCUGUUUGUCAAGAUGCAGCUGGCAGACAGCAUCUUUGAUGCGUUGCUUAAGGACACUGCAAACGUGCUGACUCUAAUCUAUGACAAGAGGGCCAAAAGAGAAGACGCCCUCUCCUGACAGCUUUCCUGCUUGGAUUUAAACUACAACCUCUAGCUCAACCCCAGUCUUUCCCUGCCCCAGUGAACUCCAGCCAACCUCCCGCCGCUCGGUCUUCCACCAGCUGAUGUGCCAACAGCGACCCUCAGAUGCCUUCAAUCCCAGCGUUACCUCUCAGCUAAACAACUCCCACUUCUUUCUGUGACAGUAGUUUGCUGAACUGUGCUUCAGCUAACUAUAGCAGUUGUAUCAUUUGUUCUACACACAAAACGCCUCUUGAGCAAUCCAGCCUUCUGAAAGCUUGACUCCACCUGCUCUCAGUUCUCCCUCCUGGACUGGUCCUUUUGUAAAUGCCAGUUGGAGAACCAGUGGAUGUUUUUGAUAGGAUGGACUGUGCCAUUGGUUUGCAUAUAAAGUCCAUUAAUGCUGCUAAAUUGAUCGUUCCAUAGGCGAGUGUAAUAUAAAAUCCACCUGGAAUAAAAGUAGGUUGUUAUAUUUUGUAUUGAAUCUUAAAGUAAAAAGAUAUAUACUGUAUAUAUGGAGUCACAAAUUGUAAUAGAGUAGCAGAUAAAGAAUAUACAGUGUAGUCCACAAGUGAUUUGACAGUGACACGUUGUUGUGUUGGCUUCGUAAUCCAGUUCAUUGAAAUGAAAUGACUACUGUCUGAGGUUAAACUUUAAGCUUUGAUGACAGGGCUCUGACCCACAGACUCACUUGUUGCUCGUUGAGGUCUGGUCUUCAGCAAGUACGAGAAAUACUUAAAAGGACUGAGCGCGGCCCUAAAACUCUGUGUUUGCUUUGGCAUGACUGUCCUGCUGCAUUGGCUUUAAAUCGGGCGACUUAGUGUACAAACAAAGCUGAGAGUCAGCACUUUAACUUUAUAAUCAUUGUUGCAUUUUAAAUCCAAUGUGCUGGAGGAGAGCUGAAACGCUUAAACUCUCACUGAUCAAAUAUUGUCAGACUGCGCUGUUGGAGCGUCACUGAGAUCACAUAUUGUAUGACACAUUUUGCCUCCAUAAUUAUAUUAUUUAUUGCGUGGAAAUGUUUUGAUUCGAGGCGUAAGGAACAUUUUGAAUUGUAAAUGAUCUUGUCAACAAUAUAGAGAUUUUUAACAUCUAAUGAAAUUGUAAAAAAGCACAAACAGGAAUGUGAACAUGGCAAUAUAUUAUGUAGAAGGUUUAAUGAAUGCUAUUGAAACCAGAAAGAAAACAAAGAACAUGGGGAGAAACAUGUUUUAAUAUUUAAACGUUGUAGUAUUAACGACUAACUGAAAGUAACUUUCUAGUGUCCCACUUUCGUACUUCAGCCGUUUGAAAAGCUCUCCACCGCACCUCUUGAAAAAUGUGGUGUCUUACAUUUGUUCUGUGCUCUAACUGAAGCUUUAGCACCCAUUCAACAUUGUUUUUGUGUAAGCAUGGGGGGGGGGGGGCAAACAUGUCCAAACAUCAAGUCCUUUUAGUGUCCCUGUCGGCAUGUUUUAAAUUUCUUUUGCUCCCAUUGGUUUUGGUGUAAACGCACCACAUACACACCACAGGACGAGUGUAUAGUAUGCAAGUGGGACACCACAGACUGACAGGAGGUCUGAGAUGUUUUAAGAACUGAAAUGCUGGAUUUGAGCCGUACUUAUCCUUCAGCCUGUUUUACUUUCUAUGACCAGAGAGAAACUGCUGUGCUUGUCUUUGUUUCUUCAUCAGUUGCCAGCUGAACAUUUGCCCAAAAAAAACAUGGAGUCCUGUAGCAGCAUGGGUUCAUGCUCCACUUGCUGCUGUGAAAGAUUUGUCUUUACAGCAGCAAGUGCAAACCAGAAUGUAGCCGGCGAUGUAGUCAGACGUUCUCAGCGUUCAGUUUAAGUGCCUCUUUAAAUUGAUUUACAACAAACUUAGUUGAUGUCUCAACAUCCUUUUGGACCUAUUGUUCUUUGAAUGUCUCUUUCGCCUGCUGGAUACUACCGUUUUGUAAAUGAUCCUUAAAAGCUCUUCCUUCUAACCGGUUUUGCCAAUACUUCAGUUUCUGCCUUGUUUAUCUUUCUGUAUUAAAGCGUCGUCGAGGAAGUUAUUUUUUUUUAAAACCCAAUUUUCCGAAAGCCUCAGCCUGAGGAAACAUUUGUUGUGCUAACAGAAUCGCUGACUCACUCUUAACGUUACCUGCUUCUUGUCUACGUCUCACCUACAUCUGUGCAUAUAGACACGGUUGAGUCAUGUUAUUGAUUUAACUAUCAGGAACUAGAUUGUUGACACACACACACACACACACACACACACUCCACACACACAGUAGGAGUCCUAGAGCUGAGGCGACUGAGCACGCAGUACUGUAUCCAAGGACCUACUUCAGUCCUCGCUGUCAGCGCGGCUUUAAUUAAACUAUUGUGGCAGGUGUGACAGAGCUUCCUAAUCUUUGACUGUUUGGAGCUAAAGUGACCUUAAACUGAGUCUUUUUUUUUUCUACCGUCGAUGUUUUAAGAGUUGCUAUGUUGAAACUGUAAAUGAUAUAAUGUAGAAAAAGACCAAAAACAUUGACACUCUCCAUGCUGUAUGUCUCGUCUGUAGGCAUAUGUAACUGUAAUGGUGACAUGAUUAGUACUUUAGAAACACUUUCUGCCAGGCUUCGUUGCAAACGCUCUCAGAUUGUCCUCUUGAAUUGAUUGUAUGUGGGAGGAAGUUCAGCUCCCCUGUGUAACUAUGCAGUACCUGGUCUUAUGCAUCGCUUUCUAUGUGUGGACCAAACCGCUUACACUUCUGCUGUACAUUCACUAAAUCGUCAGGAAGCUGUUUGGUGCACGCUUUGAGCAACUUUACCUUUUAAUAGAGUUUGAUCUGAAUAAUUCAAGUAGCCACAAAAGAUUUGAUUAUCAAAUUAACCCAGUCAGACUAGAUUUCCCCCAUUUCAUCUUUUGAGAUGUUUCUGAAUAUUUAUAAUAAUGUGUUGUGAUUGUGCGCCAAGUGCACUUGAAGACUUGUACAAUUCUUUUAUGGGUGUAAAUAUUGUGUCUAUUCUACCUGACCCACUGUUACUGUAACCUGAACGAUUGUUGUAAGAUAAACACUGUUUACUUUGCAAAUAUGUGCAAAAAUAUAUAUUUGUUAACUAAAUGAACUUUGAAAUUGUAAAUAAAGCUUUCAUUGUUUCUAAAGGAA